AUGUCGAACUAUCUCAGUUCUUCCGAUCCAGUAAACCCCCCAACAGUACCUCAACGCUCGGCAGCAAUUGUUAGUCCAGACGGGCGUUGGGCACUUUAUCAUGAGACAAUAGACUCUCCAGAUAUCCCUGAAACAUCAUAUUAUUUAGUCCGCACCUCCAGGCUCAACAUUGACCAAUUUAUCUGGGCCGACGAAAUUACCCUUUUUUGUCAAGCGCAGAUGAACCAGAUAACUUAUUUUUUCACUCUCACAGGUCCACAAUUUGCACUGCAUCUGGCCAACGCAGGCCAUGUUGGUACAUUGAUGACUAUCUUGAAGGCAGUACAUGUCGCAUAUGGCAACAUGCCUAAGACCCGGGAACUUUAUGUGGCAAUUGCAGUUUCUGGUAUUGGCACUGGAACAACCUCAGCACGCCCGAGUGCUAGUGAAGUCGAUGAUCUAGGAUAUUCUUCAAGGCCAGGUGGUCAAAUACUGCGGUGCCUUGUGUUCAAGCUUCGAAGGAAAUUUCCGCACAUCCGUGUUGAGGGCACUAGUAGUGAUAUUCUUGAGACAAUUGAAGUUAGAUAUGUUCCCUUUCCAACCCGGGUGUCAAUGGGACCAAGAAAUUUCGAUAUAUGUACAAAGGGACUAGCUCUUGUCGCCCAAACUGAAGGACAGUCUCAGGCUCAACAUGGUGGCAUAUCUGAUGUCUACUUUAUUCCUUUUGAUCAGUUACCGACACCGGCAAAGUUGAAGGUACUUAAUCCUAUAAGAAUGAAAACUAAUGGAAUAACCGGCAGCGCCUCUGUACCAGUUCUCAGUCCUAGUGGCCCGUUCUGUCUCGCAUUUCUGAAGCGCAAUGAUAACUCCACAGAAAGGGGUGAAACAUUUAUUUUCAUAGUUAGUGUCGACAGAGUAGAGGACCGACAAUACAAUAUACAGCGCAUAUCAGUGUCGAGGAGGUUGAUCUACUGGGUGGAUAGCCGAAUGUCCAUUGUCGAGAUUCUUAUUCCCACACGAGAUGUUUACAACCCACUUCCUUCCACAUGGGUGGUCACUGAUUUUGAUCAUGGUGGCUCAAUCUUGGGCAUUGAUUGUUUAAACAAAAGUAGACUGCUGGACGGCGACCCCCGAUUACUCAUUAGCAGAGCUUCGGCUAACGGAAGUACCGAUUCUUUAAUAUACAGCGCUGAUACCAGGGACCGAUCAAUGGUUCAGUGCGCCUCCAUUGGUGAAGUAACGACGGAGCAGAAUCAGGACAAUAGUAAUGAGAUUGGGGGUCAUUUUGGGGAUCUUACCGAAGAUCGUAUUAUCGAGGAUUGGAUUACUGAGAAUAGAGAAGAGGUUUCUCAAGAGAGCGACGAUAUUGAGGAUGAAAUUAUUGAGGAUGAAAUUGUUGAUAAUAGAGGAGUUGGCGAUGAUAGUGAUGGUAUCGAGGAUAGAAUUAUUGAGGAUGGAUUUAUUGAAGAUAGGGUUAUCGAGGAUAUGAUUGCCGAGCAUAGAGCGGACGUCAUUAAUGAAGAUAGAGAGGAGGCUAUUAAUACGAGUAAAGAUAUUACGGAUAGGAUUGGUGAGGAUAGGGAAGAGGUUAUCAAUGAAAACAACGUUCCCGCGGAUGGAAUUAUUGAAAAUAGAGAGCAAUCUGACCAUGAGAGUGAGAAUGAGAAUGAUCCUCUCGAACCUCCUUUUUCGGCUCUAGAGAACAGAGGAGGACAAGCAGAUUCGCCCCUUCGUCGGCAUUCCUCGCACAUAUUAAUUAUACAGUGGUUAGAGGCGAGACGCAGACGUGGACUUCCAGAACUGGAAUUGUGA